GUCUACUUUAUGUCACUAGUCCUGCAAUUCUGCGUUCUCACUUUCAUGCACAUAACUCAUCGACCAUACAAUAUCUCUCUAUCUAUAAAUAUAUUCUUUCAACACCCUUUCGACACUUAUCCAAUCUCCGAUGGCAAAUGGGUAAGCCCAAUAGGAGUGGUUCCAAAGAAGUUGGGGAUCACGGUGGUGAAAAACGAGGAUAAUAAGAUUGUACACACUCGAGUGCAAACCGGAUAACGAGUGUGCAUCGACUAUCAAAAGCUCAACUCUGCAACUCGCAAAGACAACUUUCCUUUUUUAUUCAUCAAUCAAAUGCCAAAAAGAGAUCAUGUGGAAGUUAAAGACAGGCGAAGGGGGACUAUGGCUAACAACCACGAACGAUCACGUCGGUAGACAGUAUUGGGAGUUCGACCCCGGCGCCGGAACUCCCGAAGAACGUGCUGAAGUCGAACGCCUCCGAGCGGAGUUCACAAAAAACCGGUUUCGGGUCAAACAAAGUUCUGAUCUUUUAAUGAAAUUACAGCUUACGAAAGAAAAUCGAAGUGGGCCAAUUCCGGCACCAAGCAAAGUGAAAGAAACAGAGGAGAUAACAAAAGAAGCAGUGACCAACACACUGAGAAGGGCUCUCAUCUAUUUCUCCAUGCAACAAUCUCAUAAUGGCUUUUGGCCGGCUGAAAAUGCUGGCCCUUUGUUUUUCCUCCCUCCCCUUGUUUUGAUAUUGUAUGUGAUGGGAUCAGUGGAUCAAGUUCUAGGACCGGAAUAUAAAAAGGAGAUAAUUCGUUAUGCCUAUAACCAUCAGAAUGAAGAUGGGGGCUGGGGAUUUCAUAUUCUGGGACCUAGCACAAUGUUUGGCACUGCUUUAAAUUACAUUGCCUUGAGGUUGCUUGGAGAAGGUCUUGAUGGUGAUGAAUCAGCCAUGGCUAGAGCCAGACAAUGGAUUCUCAAUCACGGCGGCCUUGUGGCAAUUCCGUCUUGGGGAAAGUUUUGGGUGGCGGUUCUUGGAUUAUACGAGUGGUCAGGCUGUAAUCCAGUGCCUCCAGAGAUGUUGCUUCUUCCGAAAUCUUUUCCUUUUUAUCCAGGCAAUAUGUUAUGCUACUGUCGCUUGGUUUACAUUCCAAUGGCAUAUUUGUAUGGACGGAAAUUCGUCGGUCCAAAAACCGAUCUGAUUCAGUCCCUACGGAAAGAACUCCACACCGAACCCUACGAUCAAAUCGAUUGGAACCGAGCACGAAACACUUUAGCUAAGGAAGAUGUCUAUUAUCCUCAUCCUCUAGCACAAGAUAUUCUAUGGGGAUUCUUACACCAUGUUGCAGAGCCAAUUGCUAACCGUUGGCCAUUUACUAAGAUGAGAGAGAAGGCAUUAAAGCUUGCAAUGGAACAUAUACAUUACGAGGACGAAAACAGUAGAUAUUUCUGUAUUGGAUGUGUUGAGAAGUUAUUAUGUAUGCUUGCCGUCUGGGUCGAAGAUCCAAAAUCAGAAGCAAACAAGUUUCAUUUGGGUAGAAUACCCGAUUACCUUUGGAUUGCCGAGGACGGACUAAAAUUCCAGAGUUUUGGCUCUCAAAUGUGGGAUGUGGGAUUUAUAAUUCAAGCAUAUUUAUCGAGUAAUCUAAUCGAAGAGUUUUUACCGACGCUUCGAAGAGCACAUGACUUUGUGAAGGCAUCCCAGGUUUGUCAAAAUCCCUCUGGAGACUUCGCCAAGAUGGGCAGGCACAUAUCUAAGGGCGCAUGGACAUUCUCGACGCAAGAUCACGGCUGGCAAGUUUCCGAUUGUACCGGAGAAGGACUAAAGGUUUCGCUCUUGUUCUCGCUUAUGCCAACAGAGCUAGUAGGAGAAAAGAUUGAAACGCAACGUUUCUAUGAUGCAGUGAACGUCAUUCUUUCCUUACAGAGCAAAAAUGGUGGCUUCCCUGCUUGGGAGAGUCAAAGAACAUUCAGUUGGGUUGAGAAAUUC